AUGUCGCUCAACCGCAUAUCGUUCCUCGAAGGGUGGGAGCGGAAUCCGGCGGCCUUUCUGCGGGGGCGACUGGAGGAAACGGGCUCCACGGCUUCUGAUGAGGAGUCUGACGUGGAUCAGGACUUACCAGAAUCUCUCUCUUCCUCUUUCCCCUCCACCUAUUCCAGACUCAAUUUCAAUCCUUAUGCUGGCCCCGCCUGGAGCGAACGAGGCGACGAUCGCGAUGAUCGUUCACUGAGAGGUGUAUCCCCCACGACGCGGGAUACGAGUACUCGUGCGGAGCGGGGGUGGGCACCAGGGCCCGUGGCACCACUGCCCGAACCCAAAGCCAAGUCUAGGGACUGGCUGUCGGAAACGACCGGGGCGUUUGAAGUGAGCCCCGCCAGGCGAGUCGUUCAGGUUUGUUUGGCAGUCGUGUACUGCUUUGUCUCGGCCGGCAUUGUCUUUGGAUUUGCUGCUUUGAAACCGGUACUCGUCAGCGAGAAUGUGUAUCGAAACUAUUGCUCGUUGGAUGAACUAAAACAGAAUGUGCCCAUCUGUGACGGGCAGGAAAUUCGCUUGAAUUUGAUGUUCACAAUUGCUGCUGUUGCAACCAAUGUUUCUGCUCUCCCCGUGGGGACCAUUUUAGAUUCCUGGGGCCCACGAGUCAGUGGAAUUAUUGGGAGUGUGCUCCUAGCCUUUGGUGCCAUCAUAUUCGCAUUUGCUGAUCAGCUACCCUUCGACGGAUACAUUCCGGGCUAUCUACUUCUAUCUUUGGGCGGGCCCUUCAUCUUCAUUUCCUCCUUCCAGCUAUCCAAUACUUUCCCCUUGCGCUCAGGCCUUAUCCUGUCGUCAUUGACCGGGGCGUUUGAUGCAUCCAGCGCAGUAUUUCUCAUAUUUCGCCUCAUCAAUGAGCGCUCAGCUGGUGGUUUCUCUGUCCAAAAGUUCUUCCUCCUCUAUCUCAUCGUUCCGGUGUUGAUCACCGUGGCACAACUGACUUUGAUGCCUGCAACAUCGUACAAAACUGCCGGUGAACUAGUUCAACAUGCUGAGACACAGAUAACAGCAGAACGAAGAGAUCAAACUGACACAGCAAUCGAGGAUCGCGAUGAGAGUGAAAGACAGCGCCAAAAUCGCCGCGCUGAACGUCAAAGCAUCCGGUCUCUCAAGUCCUCGUCGGCCACUUUCCCGCGGUCCGCUCGCUCACGACCUGACACCCCCAAACCCCUGCCAAUUCCACCAAAUGCACCAAACACAAGCACCAGUGGCGUCUGGGGUGUCCUCCACGGCCAAAGUGCACUCUCACAACUACAGACAGCAUGGUUCGCAUUGAUUGCACUAUUUACCGUUCUCAUGAUGCUUCGAAUCAAUUAUUUCGUGGCAUCGCUCCGUACGCAAUACACAUAUCUGCUCGGUUCGUCCUCUGAAGCUCGAACCAUAAACUCUGUUUUUGAUAUUAUGCUCCCGGUCGGUGGCCUUUUCUCCAUUCCAUUUAUUGGAACAUUCUUGGACAAACUGCGAACACGUACUGUUCUCGCGAUUCUCGUUUCGACGGCCACCGUGAUGGGCGUGCUGGGCUGCAUACCACAUAGCACAGAAGCUGCCUACGCGAACAUAAUCCUUUUUGUCCUUUACAGGCCUUUCUACUAUACCGCAAUUUCCGACUAUGCGGCAAAGGUAUUCGGCUUCCAAACCUUCGGGAAGGUCUAUGGACUGAUUAUCUGCCUCGCUGGCGUGGGGAAUUUCGCGCAAGCUGGGCUUGAUGCGCUUACUCUGAAAGCCUUUGAGGGUGACCCGGUGCCUGUGAAUGCCGGUCUGACGGUCAUGGUCGCUGUUGUUGGUGCCUCGCUAGUCGGGUAUGUGAGUUGGAAGACAAGUAUUCUGCUCGGCUCGACUACUACAGUCGAGACUCGUGAAGACCACCCGGGCUUGAUUCACAGAGACUGGGAACGAGAGCCACUAUUGACAAGAUCCGGGAGCAUCGAAGGAGGUGGUCAGCGGGCCUAUGGUAUAUAG